AUGGCAGCCGGUUCGCUUGGAUGCCAGGAAUUGUGGAGGAAGCAGCGAUGGGCAUCUGGGUCAGGCCGGCACGCGACUUCCAAGGUCGCAGGGACCUGUUGUGCCCUCGUUGCGCUCUACCUCCUGCUCGACUGCAUGGGUCGCCUUUCGUGCGUGGCAGGCGCCACGCCUGACAUUAUGGGCUUCAUUGUCCUUGCAGCUGGACUCCGGAUUCCUGGCCUCUUGGAGGUGUUGGCCCUGGGGCCAGCCCUGGAUGCCAAGAAAAGUGAAAGCGACGCCGAAGCAACCGAGGACCAGACGACGGACUCCGCGAAGCUUCCCGGCAGCUCCUUGGCGCUCCUCGCGGCGUCGUCGGCCAUCCCUGUGAGCUUGAAGGUGAAGGGCCAGGCGGUCGAGUCCUUCGAGUACCUUGCUAUUCUGCUGGGUGCGCAGAUUGUGCACUUGGUGGUGUUGCUUUGGAGAAAUCCAAACCUGUGCCCGGAGAUGGGCGAUGAGCUGGAAACCACCUGGCUGUAG